UUUUGCACCACACUGGCCCACCGUCGCUGGGAGGAGAAACAUCAACAUCGUGCCAAAAUUUUAUCGGAUAGAUUGCAGUUUACUAGUUUUUUCUGCGUGUGUGUGUGUGUGGAUAAAGUUGUGCAAUAAUCGACGUGUGAAGUAUUAUGAGUACGGUCCGAGGAGACAUUUGGUGAAAGGUGGAAAUACGGAGAGGAAUUUUGUCACCAGGAUAAAAUAAGGAGGGAAAGUAGCAGUUGUUCGUCGCUGCGGGUGCGUAUCCUAUCCCCGACCCGGGUAUCAUAAUACCCUACAAAGAGAGAGAGAGAGAAAGCAGGAGAAAGUCGGGAGGAGAAAGUAGGUCGCUGGUUGUUUAGGUGGUUGGUUGCGAUGGAGGGUUUCGAGUGCAAACUCGUCUCCUCAGCAGCAUGGCCAUUUGACCCACUUUCUGCCCAGGAACUCCUCCUCCUCGAGCGGAAACCCCCACUUUUCGCAUCCUCCGAUUCCCACCAAACCAAUAACAACAAACUCCUCGCUUUCUCCACGCUCAAUCUCAACUCCAGCUCGCUAUCUCCGUUCGAUCUGAAUCUGUCCUCUGCCGACGCUGAGGACGCCGUGUCCUCCUCCAUCGUGGGCGUUGAUGCCAAUGUCGAAGACAUCAACAAUAAUUCCGGCCUCGUAGGUGUCUCCUUCCUCACUCUCGAACCCCUCGUUGCGGCCGAACUCGCGCCCAGUUCUCAAUCCCGAGUCCACAUUUUACGAAGUUGUUUCGCCCCCCGGGACGUGGACGAUAUGCAGAAUCAAGAUCAAAGUCAAGGACAAGGGGACCAACAACAAGCCGUCGCCAACAAUGGGCAAACACGAAUUAUGUCCUCACCGCCAUCCGCUUCCUCCACAACUAUGAAUUUCAAACAUGAAGUCACUGAGCUUGAGGAUGAAAGGACGCUCCCUAAAUUUGCAGAGAUUCGCACCUUCCAUCCACCCCAGCAGCUUAGAGAUGAUCGAAACCAAACUGUGACUGGAAGUGAUGCCAAUAAUGUGGAGGUUGAUUGCGACGACGUGGAUGGGAUCUACUUUAGUAUCCAAGAGCUGGAUCAGUACGACCGUGAUGGAGGGAAACGGUACAUGAUUGAAGAUUUGAUGGGCGAUGGGUGCAAUCCUGUCGAUGGGGACGGCGACAUCGUCGACAGUCCGGAAUUUCUACCGCCCUCGACCGUAACAACGCUUGACGUGGAUUUGUUGGAUGUCGACGAAGAUGAUGACGACGUGGGGCAGACGUCAACCUCAAAUUCGAACAGUUUCGAUCUCGAUCUCGAUUUGGAUGAUAAAGAAGGCGACUACUCCAUGGAUGUCGACAUCGCCGAGUUACGUCGCCACAAGCUACCCCAACUCGAAGGCGAGGAUGGCGAAAAACAAGAAUUGAAAUGCAAAUUUUGUGGAUUUGUGUGCUGUUCAAAGAGCAGUUUGGGCAUUCAUGAACGACGUCACACGGGCGAACGUCCCUACGCGUGUAAAUAUUGUGGUCGUCUCUUCAACAGUGCACAAUGUUGCAAACAUCAUGAGCGAUUACACACGGGCGACAAACCGUUCGAAUGCCAAUACUGCGGCAAAAAGUAUGCCGUCAGCACAAGACUCAAACGCCAUGAACGCGUCCACACUCGUGAAGAACCCUACAAAUGCGGCGAACCUGGAUGUGGAAAAACGUUCCGAUGGUUCGAUGCAUUUCGCGACCAUCGCAACACCCACAACGGCGUGGCCCUCUAUCUCUGCUCCGUCUGCGGCAAAAGCUUCACUUCCUACCUCAAAUUCUACUACCAUGAACGAGGUCACUUCCUCAAACGGGAGCGAGAUCGGGAUCGCGACCGUGCAAAAAAAUUGCAACUACAAUUGCAAGGCAUCAACCCGGAUCAAGUCCAACCACUCAUGGCGCCAGCCCCACCAAAGAAAAAGAAGGCUGCCGCCAAGAAGAAGAAACCAGCAACUCCGAAGACGAAACAGGUCGCAAAGGCGAAUCGGGGUUAAACAAAAAAGUCCAAACUAUGAAAAUGCACAAGAAAAAAUCUAUAAACUGAUAAUUAAUGUGUUCAUUACGACUACAGCAUUAAACCAAAAACCAACCAACCAAGAAAGAUAUUACGUAUGUAAAUUAGUAAGAAAACAAUUAAUACUCACUGGAUCAAUUUAAUUAUUGCGGAUUGAUUACCAAUAAUCAAUCAUUGAUUGACUUACUUACUUGAAACGCUACCCAUAAUAGUACAAGAUCCAUGAUUAUGAAUCAUUCGCAGAAGAAAAACGGAACGGGUGCAUCAGAAAAUUUGUACAUAUUUUACAAUCUUAAAUACCUACUUUGCAGAUCUCAUUCUCAUUAAAUAUUCCUAAAAAAUGUGGUAGAAGUAGAAAUACAUAUUGAAUUGCUCGUUAGUUUUUGUCUUAUCGUAAUAAAUAAUAAUAAAUAUUGGUAUUGUGCUUAAACGUACCAGCUCAUGGAUAAGCUACGACUGUGACAUGCAUAAAAACAUAAAAUAUAGAAAAAUUA